GUUAACAUGGCUUCCAAAAGACCGGCCGAGAGCUGGACCGAGGAGGUAAUUUGUUCCAUCUGCCUGGAAUUCUUCACCGAUCCGGUUAUACUAGAGUGCGGGCACAACUUCUGUCGCUGUUGCAUCACACAGUGUUGGGAAAGGGAUGAGAGAAACUCCUGCCCGGAAUGUAGAGAGGCAUUUCCUAACCGCACCCUCAGAGUCAAUCGGGCCUUAGCAAACCUUGCUGAAAAAGCUCGAAAUCUAAACCUGAAUCGGAAAGCGAAGGAAAGUAAACUUCACUGUGAGGAACAUGAGGAUGAACUGAAACUGUUUUGUGCAACGGACAAGACACUAAUGUGUCUGAUCUGUAGAGAUGCGCGGGAACACAGGGAGCACCGCUUCAUGCUGAUUAAAGAAGCUGUUACACUCUACAAGGAGCAGCUAAAAUCUUCCUUAGACUCUCUCACAAGAAAGACAUCAGACUUCCUGGAAAUGGAGCAGCAACAGAAAGAGAAGAUUUCCAGAGUUCGGAAACAGUCACACAGCAUUCAGUGCAAUAUCACAUCCCAGUUUGAGGAACUGCGCCAGAUUAUCACUGAGAAAGAGCAGAGUUUACUCAGGGAUCUCAGGAAGGAAGAGGCGAGGAUUCUAAAUCUAAUGGAGAAAAAUCUACUGGCGAUUCAUGAGAAUAUAAGGUUUACUCAGGAGGAAAUCUCAAAGUUAAAGGAACAGAUCGAUCAAAAAGACAGUGUGCUAUUUCUCAAGAUAAGGAAGAAGCUCGUUGGAACAGGAGUCGCUGUCACCCUGGACGUGGAAACUGCGAAUCCGUGUCUUGAGGUGUCUCAGGAUCGGAAGAGUGUGAGACGAACCAGGAUCCGGAGGAAUCUCCCUGACACCAGGAAGAAAUUUACCUUCUGGGAAUGUGUGCUGGGAUCAGAGGGAUUCACAUCGGGGAGACAUUACUGGGAGGUGGAGGUGGCGGGGAAUAGCGACUGGUGUCUCGGAGUCGCCGCAGAGUCUGUGGAGAGGAAGAGAUUGUUCAUUCUGAGUCCGCAGACCGGAUUCUGGGUUAUUGGGCGGGAUGAUAACGUGUUACAUCGGGAUUGUGACAUGUUCGGUGUUCUCCCCUCCCCUGAGUCCCGUCUCCCUGCUGGUCCCAUCCCCGAGAGAGUGGGAGUUUAUCUCAGUUACGAGUCCGGAACAGUUUUAUUUUACAAUGCCGAGACCAAGUCCCAUCUCCACUCCUUCACUGGGAAUAAAUUCACUGCGAAACUUUAUCCUUUCUUUGCGACCUGGGAUGAAAAGGAGUGGGUGAGAAUCUGCUCCGGUUCCGCUCCGGAAGCACCGCGGAUUCAGCAGCAGCCGUGGGCGGUGGGUCCUGAGCUCCCCCGGGUCCUAAAGUCCACUCGUAAAUGCACAGUUUUAAUCGGACCACCCCUCCUCUUCCAUUCCAUCGCCAUGGCGGAGUUUAGCGAGUCGCAGCUGUCGCUGGUCGCCGGCGCCCCUCGGCGCCAACAAGGACGGGCGCAAUUCUCCUUCGAUGCCUUGCAUGGCCCCAUUACGGUCCAAUGGCAGUAUCGUGUGAUGACUCCCAGAGGAUUACCGAGUUCCGAGACUGUGCUCCCUGUUUCCAAGACUGCCUCUGAAAUUCCCAAGUUUUUGACCUAUGAUGAUCCCAAGAAAUGUCCCAAGAGUAUUCGAACUAUUGUCACAAAACUGAACCUGAGGAGCCCUUCUAACUUAAUUGGUAUUCAUAAAGGUGACGAGUGUAAGACAGCUUUUAAUUCCCCGGGAGCGCGUGUAGUGGACAAUCGCGGUACUGCAGGGGAUCAGCAGCUCCCCAAAAGCGAAAGCAUUUUGAAUCAGGAAGUGCUGGAAGUUAACAUGGCUUCGAAAGGAUUGGUAGACAAUUGGGACGAGGAGGUAAUUUGUUCCGUCUGCCUGGAUUUCUUCACCAAUCCUGUGAUACUGGAAUGUGGGCACAACUUCUGUCGCUCCUGUAUCACACGGUGUUGGGAAAGGGAGGAGAGAAAGACCUGCCCGGAAUGUAGAGCGGUGUUUGCUGACCCCACCCUUAGAGUCAGUUGGGCCUUAGCAAAUCUUGCAGAAAAAGCUCGAAAUCCAAACCUGACUCCGAAAGAGAAUGAAAGUAAACUUCACUGCGAGGAACAUGAGGAAGAACUGAAGCUGUUUUGUGAAACGGACAAGACACUGAUGUGUCUGAUCUGUGCAGUUGCGCAGGAACACAGAGAGCACCGCUUCAUGCCGAUUAAAGAAGCUGUUAAAAUCUACAAGGAUCAGCUGAAAUCUUCCUUAGACUCUGUCACAAGAAAGAAAUCUGACUUCCAGGAAAAGGAGCAACGACAGACAGAGAAAAUUUCCGAAGUUCGGGAACAGUCACACAGCGUUCAGACCCACAUCACAUCCCAGUUUGCUGAACUGCGCCGGAUCAUCACUGAUAAAGAGCAGAGCUUACUCAGGGAGGUCAGGAAGGAAGAGGAGAGGAUUCUAAAUCCAAUGGAGAAAAAUCUUCAGCAGAUUCAAAAGAAUAUAAGGUUUAUUAUGGAAGAGAUCUCAAUGUUAAAGGAACAGCUGGAUCAAAAAGACAGUGUGAUAUUUCUCAAGGAGGAAGCUGUUCGGAACAGGAGGAUUAAUGACGAUGUCCAGGAAUUGUCAGUGACAGAUGAGGCCCUACCUGUUGAAAAAUUCGAUCAUCUCUAUUUGUUGAACACAGUGCUGAGAGAAAUACUUGAUGCCAUUAAUCGAGUCUCUGUCACCUUGGAUGUGGAAACGGCGAGUCCGUGGCUCGAGGUGUCUGAAGAUCGGAAGAAAGUGAGAUGUACCCGGACCCGGAGGGAUCUCCCUGACACCGGGAAGAGAUUCACAAACCGGGCUUGUGUACUGGGAUGGGAGGGAUUCACAUCGGGGAGACAUUACUGGGAAGUAAAGAUGACGAGGAAUCGGGACUGGUAUCUAGGAGUCGCCGCAGAAUCUGUGGAGAGGAAGAGAGGGGUCAGUCUGUGUCCGGAGACCGGAUUCUGGGUGAUCAGGCGGUACUAUGACUUCUUACAUAGGAAUUAUGACAUGAUGAAGGUUCGCACCUCCCCUGAGUCCCGUCUGCCUGUCGGUCCCAUCCCAGGGAGGGUGGGAGUUUAUCUCAGUUACGAGUCCGGGACAGUUUCAUUUUACAACGCGGAGACCAAGUCCCAUCUCUACACCUUCACCGGGAAUAAAUUCAGCGAGAAACUUUAUCCUUUCUUCGCGACUGGGGAUGAAAACCAGUGGCUGAGUAUGUGAUCCGGUUCCGCUCCCGGUCUGUAAACGAGUGGGGUCCCGGGACCGGCAUCAGGAGUAAAGUCCCUGUAAAUAUAAAUGUGCGGAGAGUGAAAUAAAAACGA